AGUGCUGGGAUUACAGGCGUGCGCCACCACGCCCAGCUUGUUUCUCAAAUCAGGCAUGGCUUGGUGGGGAGUAAGGAAACCUCUGAGGAAACCAGGACAAGAUAUUGUAACAGGGUAAUCUGUACCAGAGUCUCACGAAGUCGAAGACUGAAUCUAGGACACAGUGAAUUAAUAAGAGAGAAAUAGCUCCCAAUAGUGAGGAAUGGACCCAGACCCUAGACAGACUGUCUAGGAGUUUUUGGUUUUUUGAGACAGGGUCUAUGUAGUUCAGGCUGGCCUCGAACUUGCAGCAACCCUCCUGCCUCAGCCUAUAGAGUGCCGAGACUACAGGCGUGCACCACGGUGCCUGGUUGGUUUUUAUUAACUCAUGCCCUCAGUUUCCAGCUUACCUGACCUAGGCCUGGCCAUCCCGGCUCCAUCCUGGGCCCAGUGCCUCUCCCUGCCUGCUGUCCUCUCCUAACCUGCCUGUGUAUGUGAGUCCCCAAAUGUCAGGCAAACUCCAGUCUCUGAUUUCGGGGUCACUGCAUCUGUAGUCUGUGCGAGACCGGAGGCGCGCAUGAGCCGCACAGCGCGGGUAUGCAGGGACGCUGGGUUCAAGCCCCAGCGCCAGAGUUGUCUCGGGGCCCACGCGCAGGGUGGGUUUGCCGGAGCUUCCGUGCGGAGUGUUUAGGAGGGAAGAGGGAUGCUGGCAGCGGGCUGCGAGGAAGCAGCGCCCGUGUGAGCCGUCCCGCGAGCCGUGAACGCGGGCUCCACGCUGCUCCGAAGCCCAAGUUCAGUUCCCGAGUCGGGGCAACACAGAGACAGACUAAGCGCCGCCCCGACCGGCGAAGCGCGCCCCGGGGCCGCGCUCCUCCAGGCGAGUUCUUCACCCCCAACUGUCGCGGCGUGAGGUCACUCGCCCGGUCACGUGCUCCGGCCCGAGCGCCACAUCGCCAGCCGCACCCUCCACCCCCCCGCCACGUGACUCGGCCUAGUUUCUCCAGGCCCCGCCUCAGGCCGCGCCCGCGCAGCCGCGCC